AUGGCCAUGCAAGUUGCAGUGGAGGGGGAAGACAUUUCUCCAGAAGAAUUUCAGUUCGCCGGUUGGCAGUCGGCGUUUACCAAGCGCAAAUCUUCCCAGAAGUGCCUGCCCGCCGAGAGCGAGCAGCCCGCCAACACACCAAGUGGCAGUAGCAAUGGCGGCUCCCGCACUCCCGCCAGCGUGAAGAAACGCCUUGUAGCUGCCUCGAGAAUGCCUCGCCUGCCGAAGGAGCACUUUAGAGUCAUCGUCCGACCUCGGGGUGGCCUAAACGUUAAAAAUGCUAGUCAAGUCAAGGUCGCCCAGGCUCGCGUGAAUGCGGCGGGUCUCCCUUUCGCGAAUACUGCGGAAGACAUCAUCUGCCCCAACACCAUGCAGAACAUUUUGGUGGUCAGCACACCUUCAGAACACAAUGCCAAGACCUGUGCGGGGAUUGAAGCCAUCUCCAUUGGCUCAGCAAUCUACGAGGUCAGUUCCUGCCUCGCUGCGCCCGACAACACGUGCAAGGGGAUCAUAAGAAACAUCGACCUGGAAUUAGAUCACGAGCAACUUAGAAGUCUCAUCAUACAGCCGAGGAACCCCAAGGCUCUCGAAGCUAGAAGAAUCAAGAAUUCCACCACAGUCGUCAUUCUCUUUGACGGUCUCAAAGUGCCAAACCACGUCAUGUGCGGCCUCAGUAUGCUCAGAUGCACGCUCUACCGAAGACAAACGGAGGUCUGCUACGCAUGUGGCAGGCUCGGUCACCGAGCCGACGUAUGCCCGACUCCCGAAAACGUGGUCUGCAGGGGCUGCGGAGUAAAUUCCCCAAGCGACCAACAUGUUUGUUCACCGAAGUGCGCCCUCUGCGGGGGGCCUCACCCCACGGCCGACAAGUCCUGUAAGCAAAGAUAUCAAGUGCCUUACAUCGUAAGACAGAGAAGAAAAGAACGACGUGACUACAACCAGGAUUUUCCGCCGAUGGGCACGCUGUCUGGACCGGCCAUUCCACCCCGGGCCUGGAGUGGAUCCCGGGUGCCGGGCAUAACCAGGGUGCCCUCGAGAGGGCGAUCCAGGGUCCGACUGCCGCGGGCUACCUCCGGGGGCCGCUCUCGCUCCGGGGGCCACUCACACUCCAGGGGCUCGGCGGUUCGCAUCCGGAAGCCUGUUGCCCAGGAGACCGGAUGGGCCGAUCGCGUCAAAGGAUCCCCGACAAAAGUAACGGGGGCUACGCCGCCUGGGCAACACAACACCAGACUCGUACAGUUGGAAAAAGAAAACGCGGCGCUGAAGGGCGCUAUUGAACAACUCAGGUCAGAGAUGGCAGAAUUAAGGUCGGCUCGCAAGUGCAAGGCUUCGCCGUCUCCGCAGGCUCCGAAACCCGCCAGGGAGGAAACACCCAUGGAGGUUCCCGUCGAGGCGCCCUCCGAGGCACGUACGGCCAAAAAAAGGGCCCUAACGAAGCCCGUUUGCGAUGAGGGACUAGAGGAAUUUCAGACUGAAAUGAGGGUUAUGCUCAAAUCACUCAGCGAAGCGGUUGCGAUGCUUAACGCUAAAGUUGAUGUCCUUGACGGCAAGUUCAACGCGCUGGAGGCCAGGGGACUUUGGAGGCGAGGAGAGGGACGAUGGAGUUUUGUGCUCUUGCGAACAAUGAGCCUUCUUCGACCGGAAACCCAGCAUCUUUUGGUGCCCAACACCUCCAAGCGGCUACACCUUGUAACAUUGUACAGGAUAGGCUAA